AUGGCCGUGAAAGUAAUCCAGAGCCAUUUGGGCUCACUGAGCUCUCCAUUCUCCAUCUAUGUUUUCAUCGCUGCUUGCAUUGUUUACCUUGUCGGACGUCUCCUGUUGAGCUUCGUCCAUGAUGAUCGGAAAUCCUUUGCUCCUGGUUCAAGUCUUGACCAGGCCGAGAAGGGCAGUUUGAAGAAGCAGGAGAAUAUGUCAGAUGACGAAAUCUUCCAGUUGGAGAAAAGAGCAUUCUUCAGCAAGGUAGUCAAUUUCAUUUCUUUGCAACGCCGUCAGCUUAGACCAGGACUGACUGAUUUCAAGACGUGGCUUUUUGUUUGUCACCGUAGCAGGUUCGACAAGCCUGGGGACUAUCAUGCGUAUGACGUUGCCGGCAUCUCGUUCUUCGUCGUCCUCAGCAAAGACUUGAAGCUGCGAGCUUUCCACAACGUCUGUCGACAUCGUGCAUAUACCGUGGUCCGCAAGUCAUGUGGUAGUUCGACGCGGUUUUCAUGCAAGUACCAUGGUUGGCAGUAUGAUGACAAGGGCGCCUUGGUCAAGGCUCCAAAGUUCGACGAAUCGCCAGGAUUCGUACUGGAAGACAAUGGCCUGUUCGAGAUCAAGUUGAUAACGACCAGGGAGGGUUUGGUGUUCGUUAACUUUGACGCAAGCACCAUGAAUCUUCCUUUCAAUAAUGUCAAGUCUCACGUGGAUCUUGGGAGCUGUUCUUGGGUGGAUGCAAAGGAAGUAACCUGCGCAACGAAUUGGAAAGAUAUCGCAAAUGAGUUCUCCAAUCAAGCUCAAUGGGCGCAGAAUCCGUUUGAGUGGCUUUCUGUACUUCGCAAGUCCAAGGUUGUCAGACUCCUUGGCCCACUGAGCAUUAUCAAGGAACUAGACAAUGACCUAUGGUGCACGAUGGUGCUUCUGCCACGGUCAACUUCGGAAGUCAUUGUUAGAUGCGACUUUUACGUCAAGGAAGGGCACGCAGCUCCUGCAAAAGUUGUAGAGAAGUCGAAGUGGAUGUUGGAGCAAGAGCUACUCAACCUGUCCAAACCAGAUGAAGAAAAAAGCUCAACGAGAUCCUCAUAUUUUGCAUAUCAAUGCGGAGGCCGCACGAUUGACUUGUUUGCGAUUCUUGCUCAGCAUCAACGGAACGAGAAGAUGGCCAAGAGAAAGCUGCAACCAGCGAUCAGGGUGACCGGCACAGACGAUAUUGACACCGAAGCCGAGGCCUUAUGCGAUGCCCUCGAAGGGGUAGCCGACUCGCCUUCCUUGGAGAAAUGUUCCCGGAUUUCCAGCUUUCCUCAAACACUAGAGUGGUGA